AUGUCACCCCAAGGUGCCAAUGCACCCCAGGUGCCAAUGUCCCCCCAGGUGGCAGUGUCCCCCAAUGUCCCAAUGUCCCCCCGGGUGCCAGUGCCCCCCCAGGUGGCAGCGCCCCCCAGGUCGCAGCGCCCCGUGCCCCCGCCGCGGGCGCGGAUUCCCGAGCGGUCGCGCGUGGGGAGCGGGGCCGCAGCGCUGACUCAGCUCCUGCGGGCGCACAAUGGGAGCGCAGGACAAACAGGUGUCCUGCUGGCCGCGUGCCACGCGCUGGACAACAGCACGGCCGGCCGGAGCGCCCCGGUGGCGGCGGCCGUGAGGUCGCACUUCAACGAGUGCCCGGACUCGCACCGGCAGUUCUGCUUCCACGGCACCUGCCGCUUCCUGGUGCAGGAGGAGAAACCCGCCUGCGUGUGCCACUCGGGGUCCGUGGGGACACGCUGUGAGCACGCUGACCUGCUGGCCGUGGUGGCAGCCACCCAGAAGAAGCAGACCAUCACAGCCCUGCUCGUGGUGGCCGUGGUGGCCUCGGCCCUGCUCGUCACCGCCUGCGUCCUGCUCCAGUGA